ACUGGGUUCCCUGCCCCAGUCCAAGCAGGUAUAAUGCCACUUCCCCAGGCCAUAGAGACCCAGGACGACCAGAGAAGAGCCACCAUGUCCCCCUGGGGUGGGCAGCAAAUGCAGAGAACCCUGUUCCUACUACUGCUGUUGGUGGCCCUGGCCCAGGGCGUCACGCCGAGCCCCAAAGCGUGCGUGACCUUGCCGUCCCCCGGGGGCAGCACCGUCUCCUGCCUCUCGCCUGCCCGGUUCCCCGCGCCCCUCCCGGCUGACACGGUCCACCUAGUGGUGGAGUUCUCCACGCUGACACAGCUGCCGGCCAGCGCCCUGCGCUGCGCCGCGGGCCUCCGGGAGUUACACCUGGCCAGCAACCGGCUGCAGGAGCUGCCCGCCAAACUGCUGCUUCCUGUGCCGCGGCUGGAGGUGCUGGACCUCACCCACAACCUCCUCACCCAGCUGCCCCCCGGCCUCUUCCGGGCCUCUGCCGCGCUCCGCGUCCUGGUGCUGAAGGCUAACCGGCUGAAGGCCCUGCAGGCCUCGUGGCUACUCGGCCUCAAAGCCCUGGAGCAUCUGGACCUGUCCUCCAACAGCCUCCAGACGCUCCCCCCAGGGCUGCUGGCCAAUCUCGGGGCCCUGCGCACCCUUGACCUUGGGGACAACCAGCUGGAGACCUUGCCACCUGACCUCCUGAGGGGCCCGCUGCGCUUGGAGCGGCUGCACCUGGAGGAGAACCGGUUGCAGGUCCUUGGAGAGACACUCCUGGCAAAGCAGCCGGCGCUGCGCUACCUCUUCCUCAGUGACAACAGGCUGACCACGGUGGCUGCCGGCGCCUUCCACAACCUGAAGGAGCUGGACAUGCUGGACCUCUCCAACAACCUGCUGUCCAGCGUGCCCAGAGGGCUCUGGGAAUCCCUGGGAAUGCCCUCCAGGGACAUGAAGGACGGCUUUGACAUCUCGGGCAACCCCUGGGUCUGUGACCAAAACCUGGAUGACCUCUGUCGCUGGCUUGUGGCCAACAAGCACAGGAUGUUCUCCCAGAAUGACACGCGCUGUGCUGGGCCUGACGCCCUGAGGGGACGGAUGCUGCUGGAGGUGUCAGGGUCCCCGUGAGGCCUGGGGCCGGGGUGGGGUGGCCGAGACCCCAGGGUUCCCACUGGUGCAUGCGCCCGCCCCGGGCCCACUUGCCAGCCUCCUGACCUGAGCCCACACCUGCCCUCCCUGGAAUGCUGAUGCUCCAUUUCCCACGGCCCUUGGUCCCCGGGUUCCCCACAAGCCCCUGGUUCCUGCCUCUGGCUGUGUCCUGGCCACAUCUGGCUUUGUCUUCCCCAGUUUGGGGGCUCUCUGAGUGCUGGCGUGACCUGGCACCGCCCCAGGGACUUAAUAAACACCUGCUGGCCCGAAUCGGA